CCUUCUUUGACCGGGACGACGUCUUUGCUUCUUUCUAGUGAAGAUGUCAAGGUCGUUUCAGUCCAUCAUCUCUCCCGUCGGCUACUCUUCUUCCACUUGCGGCUACUGCUCUCCCCCCGGCCAGCGCUCCUCAUCCAAGACCUCCCACUCUUUUGGCAUCUGGGCGCACGACCUCUCUGCGGAGCACUAUCAGCGACUGGCAGAUGCAGGAUGGAGACGCAGUGGAAGCUACGUCUACAAGCCUGAUUUGGCAGCGACCUGUUGCAAGCAGAUCAGCAUUAGGCUGGAAGGGCAGAAGUUCAAGGUCGGCAAGAGUGGGCGGAAGACUAUGCGGAGGUUCGUAGAGGAGCUGAGAGGGGCUGGGGAAGAGGGUGAAGCAGAGCUGGUGAGGCAGAGGGAUAUAUGGGGCAAAGGCAAGGGAAAGGGCAAGUACACCCAGCCGACUUCUCUACAAGACUUCUUCGCUGCUAUCGAGGAGAAUGAGGACGAUGGUCCAAUGGAGUGUCGGCCCUCCACCUCUUCCGACCUAUCCUUGUUGCACCAGCAACGUCACGACCUCUUUACGCAAUGGCGCAAAGACUCGCCGCCUUGUACAAGCACACCUCGUCCUCCUCCACCGACGUACCCCCCUCGUCUGCCCAAAUUGAAGCACAAGCUGCGUACACGUCUCGUUCCGGGCUCUUCCUCUGCUCAGAAGUAUGCCCUGUUCAGACGGUACCAGCAGGGGAUCCACAAGGAGUCAGACGAAGACAUCUCCUCUCGAAAAGGCUUCGAGCGCUUCCUCUGCGAGAGUCCCGUGAGGCGUACAUUCCCCGAUGCGUCUGAGGACCCGGACCCAAGUGCUGCGCACAGAUUGGACGGAGCUGUGAAUCCUUCCGGUCCUUCUGCGAUCCCAUUUGGCCUCUAUCACCUCGAGUGGCGACUAGACGACGAGCUCGUAGCCGUCAGUGUCCUCGAUCUGCUUCCACACUGUCUCUCCUCCGUCUACUUCUUCUACGACCCAAAGCACGAGAAGCUCCAAUUGGGCAAGAUCAGUGUUCUGCGAGAGGUUGCCCUGCUCGAGCGGAUCCGGGCGAAGCCAGGGAUGGAGGAGGUGAAGUGGUACUAUCUGGGUUUCUACAUCCACAAUUGUCAGAAGAUGAGGUACAAGGGAAAUUAUAGACCUAGUCAGUUGUUGGACGCAGAAGAUGGUCAGUGGGUCGACCUCGACGAGGCCUGUCCGGUCCUCGACACCGGCAAGGGGUACGGCUUCAGCAAGGGGAAGGGAACUAUGGGAGAAGCGAGUAGCAUGGAGGCUUCAAUAGCGGUCAAGUCACCGGAGCCUUCCUCGCCUUCAUCUUCUUCCUCAGACCAGUCAUCCGCAAGCGAUUCGUCCCUGCUCCCCUCAUCUCGGACCCCCUGCCCUGGUAUCCUAGACCCAGCGUCGCUGGACCCUAACAAGCUGGCAAAGCAGAUCUAUGUCCUUGAGUCGAGCCGGCAGCGAGACGGCAUCAAGCCCAUGAUUCUGUCUAGGCUGGAGGGAAGGGAUCAAGAAAAGGUCAAAGAGGCAGUGGCUGCCCUUGGGUGGGAGAUGGCUCGAGAGUGCGUCUUCUUCGUCUAGAGGCACAGGAAUGGCAUAAGCUGAGGGAAAGGAGAAAGUGGAAUGCAGUACUGUCAUGUCUUGCGAUUAAUGGAUGACAAUGUACAGGAUGAGGGUGGAAGGGUGAGACCACGGGCAUCUCUCCUCCCGGCUUCCCGACCCGACGUGUGUAUAGCUUGUCCUUGUUCUGUGAAGUACCUU